AUGGAAACGACCGGACGAAAGGACGAUGUGGUCGUCUUCAAGAUGGUCGACGCUUUCAACGGCACCGACCCUAGCACUGCAACCACUGAGCUCAAGACCAAAUUUCAGCUAAAGGGCUCAUCUCUCGGCGGCGAGACGCCCAAUGCAGGCGGCGUUGUUGUGGAUGAAGACGUCGGCGUUGACUCGCUAACAGUUCAGUGCUUUGUCGAGGCGGUCGUGCACGGUACAUUGACAAACGACCAGUUCUCCGAGCCGGCGUCGCUGUUUAUCUUCCAGUUUGCGUUUUGCCCGCGCAGCCGCAGCCGUCGCUUCCGCGAAAUUGCCAUUACGCUGACAUUCACGGCGGGCACGGAGCUGACGAUCCAGCCUGAGAACCGUUGGAAGACAGGCACCACAACGAUCGACCGCCAGCGCAGCCACACCAUCAGCCCCUCGUUGCAAGGCGCCGUAGGCCCGGCCACGGGCACGUUGUCAUAUCAGUGGCAGCAGACGGACUCACGCAAGAUCGAUGACCAUGUGUGGAUUGAAGGUUUGGUCAAGGCGCUAAGCGAGCGGCCCGACGGCAAGCGUGUCCCGGACAGUGCCGUGUGGGAGCUCCACGAAAACCACCAGGCCAAAAGCGGCGUGCCAAGCUUCUUCCGAACAGCUAUACUUUUGAAGCGUGCGAGCGCACAGCGCAACGAGCCCUUCCAGGCUCUUCUGUCAAUUACGGGUGACGUGCACACACACGUUAGCGACUGGGCCAAGAUCCGCGGCAUCAAGGGGGACGACAGGGGUGGCAGCAGUCACCAGCCAGCUCGCAGGCUGCGCAAGGGCGCACCCGAAGUCGAUCCGGAAGACACAGACACCAUUCCGAUGACGGCCGCCAAAAUUCCGUUCUUCUUCAAUCCUACGCUUCCCGACCGGAACCCGCUGGGACUGGACAGGACGAAGCUGCAAAGCAUCGAUCUGAGCCAGUUCAAAGGACUCGUACACAAUCCCAACAGUCGCAAAACGGAGCCGUUGGGGCGCCAGCAGCGCCAGCCGCACAGCCUCAAGCGCAGCCUCCGGUGCAGCCUCAAGCGCAACCUCCGGUGCAGCCUCAAGCGCAACCUCCGGUGCAGCCUCAAGCGCAACCUCCGGUGCAGCCUCAAGCGCAGCCUCCGGUGCAGCCUCAAGCGCAACCUCCGGUGCAGCCUCCGGUGCAGCCUCAAGCGCAACCUCCAGUGCAGCCUCAAGGGCAACCUCCGGUGCAACCUCCGGUGCAGCCUCCGGUACAACUUCCAACUCAACUUCCGACUCAACUUCCGACUCAACUUCCGACUCAACUUCCGACUCAACUUCCGUUACAACCUCCCGCACAACCUCCUGCACCGACCAACAACACUGCACUCCCUGCCGCAGGUCUCGGACCUAUCGACUGUCGGACAGCUAGACGCUAGGCUGGCCGGGCUUACAGCGGAGCUGGCGCUCGUGGAUGAAGAGGCACAGUACAUACGCCGCAUGAUCGAGCUGGUGGCCGAGAAGCGGCGUCUUGUCAAGGAGACACACGCUUUGCAUGCACUGCUCAACGGCGCUCUUAGCACUGAUUGA